AACCUCAUUGUGGGGAAUCUGCUUCCCUCUGCUCUCAUCUGGAUCACCUCCAGACCAGCAGCAGCUGAUCUCGUCCCCUCUGAGUGUGUCCAUCGAGUGACAGAGGUACGAGGCUUCAAUGAGCCACAGAAGGAGGAAUACUUCAGGAAGAGAAUUAGUGAUCUGAGUCUGGCUAAUACAAUCAUCUCACACCUGAAGUCAUCAAGGAGCCUCUUCAUCAUGUGCCACAUCCCAGUGUUCUGCUGGAUCUCAGCCGCUGUUCUGGAGAAGAUGUUGAGUCGAGCAGAGAGUGGAGAGAUUCCCAAGACUCUCACUCAAAUGUACACACACUUCCUGAUCCUUCAGACCAACAUCAGACAUGAGAAGGACUAUGAGAAGACUGUGACAGAUGAAGACGUGAUCCUCAAACUGGGGAAACUGGCUUUUCAGCAGCUUGUGAAAGGCAAUGUGAUCUUCUAUGAGGAAGACCUGAGAGAGUGUGAAAUUGAUGUGACAGAAGCAUCAGUGUACUCAGGAUUAUGCACUCAGAUCUUCAGAGAGGAGUUUGGCUUGUAUCAGGGGAAAGUCUUCUGCUUUGUUCAUCUGAGCGUUCAGGAAAAUCUAGCAGCUCUAUAUGUGCACUUCUUCUACAAAAACAACCGCUCACAUUUUUUUUCUGGUGUGUCCUCUGAAUUGUCAAGGUUUUUGACGCAUACUUUAUCUGACGUACAUCAGAGAGCUGUGGAUGAGGCUCUACAGAGUACAAAUGGACAUCUGGACCUUUUCCUGCGUUUUCUUCUGGGUCUGUCAGUGGAGUCUAAUCAGAUGCUCCUACAAGGACUAAUGAAACAGACAAGAAGCAGCUCUGACAGCAAUAAGGAAACUGUUGAGUACAUCAAGAAGAAGAUCAGGAACAUUGACACUCCAGAGAAAUCCAUCAAUCUGUUCCACUGUCUGAAUGAACUGGGUGAUCAUUUACUAGUGGAAGAAAUGCAACAGUAUCUGAAAUCUGGAAGAAUAAAGAGAGCCAAUCUCUCUUCAUCUCAGUGGUCAGCUGUAGUUUUUGUGUUGUUGACAUCAGAGGAGAAGCUGGAUGAGUUUAGGCUGAAUGAAUUUGUUGAAGUGAAAAAUAAAGCUGAUCACGUUCUUCAGAAGUUGUUGCCUGUGAUUAAAGAAUCCAGAAGAGCUGAGUUGAGCCGGUGUGGUCUCACAUAUGAAGGCUGUCAUGCUCUGGCUUCAGUUCUGAGAUCAAACCCCUCACACCUGAGAGAACUGGUUCUGACUGGAAAUAAUCUAGGAGAUUCUGGUAUGAGGCGUCUCUCCUCUGGACUCGAUAAUCCUCACUGUAAAUUGGAGAUACUCAGGUUGAAGGAUUGUGGCGUCACAGAUGAGGGUUGUGCUGCUCUGGCUUCAGCUCUGAGAUCAAACCCCUCACACCUGAGAGUACUGGAUCUGUCUAGCAAUAAACUACGAGAUUCUGGUAUGAGGCGUCUCUCUUCUGGACUUGAGAAUCCUAACUGUAAAUUGGAGAUAUUCAGGUUGAGCUGGUGUGGAAUCACAUAUGAAGGUUGUGCUGCUCUGACUUCAGCUCUGAUAUCAAACCCCUCACACCUGAGAGAACUGAAUCUGACUGGAAAUAAUCUAGGACAUUCAGGACGUGAACUGCUCAUUGCUCUAGAGAAUUCUCCACUUUAUAAACUAGAGACACUCAUUUUCGGAGAUUUUGAGGAGGAUUUUGAGGGAAUAUCGACUUCAAUCCUCACAUUUACGGAACAAUUUGGCACACUGAGAACCCCAGCUCCAACCUCACGCCACUAUUCAUACACCCCUGCUCGAAUCCUCCCACCCCCACACCAGUUCUUCCCAACCCCAAUAUUACCCGCCCCCAUUUAUCCUCCCCUCACAGCAACUCUCCCUGACCUUUCUCCACACAAAAGUGAGAAAUCUGCCAAAUAGUUUAGAAAGAGUCGUGCAACAGAAACAACAAAGACUAAAGCCCAAAGUAUACUCCGUUUUUUAAGCGUACGCUAAUGUAUGCGCACAGUCGA